CAAAACACGUGACCGCACGUUUCUCCGCACGGACCACCACCGGUCAACGAAGGAAUAUUCUGUCAUGGUUUAGUAUUACUUCACGGAAUUUAUCGCUUCGCGUGUGAUUGCGCGGGCGGACUUUCGGCAAGUGCAUCGCGAGACAAUGACGCUCUUCUACUUGCCCGGCACCGCCAGUCUACUGGAAGAACUGGACAAGAAGCUUCUCGUUUUCCUACGCGACGGGCGCACCCUGAUCGGCUACCUACGGAGCAUCGACCAGUUCGCAAACUUGGUGCUGCACCAGACCGUCGAGAGGAUACACGUGGGCAGGCAGUACGGAGACAUUCCGCGCGGCGUAUUCGUCAUACGCGGCGACAACGUCGUUCUGCUCGGCGAGAUCGACGAGGACAAGGAGAAGGACGCCGACCUCGAAGAAGUGAGCGUCGAAGACAUUCUCGAGGUGCAGCGCAUCGAGGCGGACGCCAAGCAGGAGCUGGAGAUGCAGAGGGCCAAGGCCAUGAAGGACCGGGGGCUGCACUAUCACCACGAGAUCACUCACGACGAUUACUGACGACGUGCAUGUGCGCGCGCUCGUAGACACCGCAAGCGUGUGGUUGUGCGCGUCCAAGAACGUUUCGUUGCGAUGUAUAAAUGAGAACACGCUAGUUUAUUCAUUUUUAUUCGGUACUCACGAACGACAGGAAACGUUUGUUGCUUAACGUGGCGCGAUAGUUUCGUUUUUGCGUGAAUAAAAAUUUUUCACACACUCA